GUGUGUGUGUGUGUGUGUGUGUGUGUGUGUGUGUGUGUGUGUGUGUGUGUCAGGGGUUGCGGUGGGGGCGGCUGUGGGAGCUACACCCCCCUCCCAAAUACUGCCCCCUCCCUCUAAAAGCCGUAUAAAGGAGGAGGGGGGAAAAAGCACCUUUGUGAUUUAGCUCUCAGACUUUGGAGACAAUCCCACUCUCACUGGACACACAAACACUUGGACACACACAUUCCUCUGGGACCUACUUGUUAUCUUGAGAGAAGAGGUACUUCUGGAAAGUACUGGAUCCUCCCGUGGUUUGCCUUCUAAAUCUGGACUGAAACAGAGAAGGAGGAAAAGGAGAACCACACUGAGCAUCAUCAGCCACAAGGACUCUCUAAACUUUUGGAAAAUUGUCAUUCACUGAAAUCUUCAGGAGCGAACUGCUGCCCAGCCAUGAGGGUCUUCAACCUGCUCUACCUUCUCUUGCUGCUCGUUGCUGCUGUAGCAUCAGUGUCCUCCGUCAGACCAGAUUUCUUGAACCUAAGGAGGAGAUACCACAGACACCACUUCUGCCUACACAGACGCUGCUUGCCUCUCCACUCCAGAGUACCCUUCCCCUGAGGUUAAAGCACAAAAAUGAGGGUGACCUAAGGACAGAAAUAUGAAUAAGAAGCAUCUGCAGUGUGCGGCCCAAACACCAUGGAUGGGUCCCAGUAACCAGAUUAUGAAGUGGAGGAGACACCAUGAAAAUGCGAAGAUUGUGUAUAUAUGAAGCUGUAAAAGAGCUACAAGAAACUUUCUUCAUUCCACUCAAUAUAAACUAUGCUAAGUGAUGGCAUGCUGGAGGAUACAGAUCCUAAGCUCCAUCCCUCCUCUUCGUCAAAAGCCAAUACUUUUGUACUGAAUAGGAUUAGGGAAAAGGAGCUACAACAACAUCAAAUAUAUUCGAAAAGCUACGGACCAAAGAGCUGGAAACAUCUUAGUGACUGCAGCUACGAUGAACAGCAAAGUGUUUAUAAUGCAUGUAUGCACUUCAAAUGUUUAUUGAAUUAUGUUUUAAACUUUUUAAUAAAAAUUGUAUCAAUGUAA